CCUCUGCCUGACGCCAAUGACCAAGGAUACUCCACCCUCAAUGAAAGUGUCAAAAGCCGUCAUUGAUAUCCACAAAGACAGGACAAAGACAACUACUAGCUAGCUAGUAGGGCGCAAUAAGAAUCGAAUCUGAGAAAGCAAGAUGAGUUGCCAUGAACGGAAGAACGGUCUGCUGACCAUGCUGCUAGUACUGGCGUUGCUCUUGGUCUUUGUUGUGGGCGACACCGCCAAUGUCUGCGCGAACGACAACGAUGACUGUGAUGAUUUUGAGAAAUUCGCACACGACGCCAAGACCAUGUUUGACGAUGCUUCCAAAGAAAGUUUGAAAUUCCUGAAUCAAAAUGUGUUUGGUCAAAAGCCGAAAUCCAAGGAUAAACAAGGACAACCCGCGCAGGCUCGUCGACAGUCCUUUUCUCGGCUGGUCAAUAAAGAUUCUUCUAGUAGUAGCAGCAGUACUAGUACCGACGAAAAAGCCGACAAAACUAGCAAGGAUGAUGAUAAGAAGGACACUGGCGUGCUGUCCUCUCUCGCAGAUAUUGCCAAGGCGGACGAUCCUACCGAAGCCUUGUUCAAAUUCUUGUUGGAUAAGAGUGUUGUAACGUACGAAGAAGAGUAUGCGCCGACGUUCAAAGACACGGCCGAUCUAUUCACAAGUCAUGCCAAGGAAGUCAUGGAUCAACUCCAACGCGUGUUGGGAGAUCGACUGAACGACCUCAUGGACGAAUGUUUCUUUUUGCCCUCGGCAUGGUACUUGCUGCGACACGAACAGGCCAAAAAACAUGCCUAUUGGAAAUCGUCCAAACACAAGUACAUGACCAAAGUCAAUGAUGUUGGGCUCUGGAGAGAAUUGCAUCAGGCAUUGUAUCUGAGCGACCUGGCAUAUGUCGACGAGGAACAACAAGUACGAGAUGGAUUGCAGGAUUGUGAUAAUGGCAAUUGGGAAUUGAUCUUUGUCGAUACUCAAGGGAAUCCCGCCGAACCGGCGCAUUUUGUGGCGGUCGAAAAACAAAUGGCACCCAUGAACAAGGACGCUGCGGACAAUAAGAAGAAAAAGAAGAGCUUUUGGCAAAAAGCCAUGGCAGCCGGCGAAGAGGAAGAAAGUGACAUUCUCAAGGUCAUGAUUGUCGUGCGGGGAACCAAGACGAUGGCCGAUGUCUUGUCCGAUGGACUCCUGGAAGCCACCACGUUCAAGGAAAAGUACAAGGCCCACGGAGGCAUUCAAAAGAGUGGUGCGUAUAUUGUGGAGAAACACAUCGAACGACUGAAACUGUUGCUGGAAGUUUCGGGACGCUCCAAAAUUGAACUCUUGCUCUUUGGACAUUCCUUGGGAUGUGGCACGGCCGCGAUUGCGGCCAUGGAGUUUCACGACAAUUAUCAAGACAUCUUGUCGGUAUCAGCCGUCGGAUUUGGAUGUCCUGCGCUGGUGUCACCCGAACUCAGUGAGCAGUACAAGGACAUUAUCACCACUGUCGUUGCCGACGCCGAUAUUGUGCCACGCAUGAGUGGAUCGUCCAUUGUCAAUUUGCAUCUAGAAAUGAUGUCCUUUGAUUGGACCAAAUACCUGACGGAAGAAUUGAAAGAAUUGGGAGCAGACAUUCUCAAAGAUGUAGAUCAAUGGACCAGUGGCCAUGGAACCAAAUUUGCCAAAGACGUCAUGGGAAAGCUGGGCGAACAGAUCGAAAACUAUUUGGACGGCAACAUACGACCCAAGAUCCAAAAGGCGGUCGACGAAAGCAUCCCCAAGGUCGUUGGUAAUCUGGAGGGCAGUCAGCGUCGUACCUUGAACGAAAAGCACGAGUAUCGCAUGGAAACAGAACUCAUCCCUCCUGGCAACUGCUUGCAUCUGUACCGAACUGCGACCGGAUUCGAAGCGGCCUACACACCCUGCUCCUUCUUUGAUGAAAUCGAGUACGUGCCACAUCUGGUCGAAGACCAUUUGACUGAAUCAGGCUAUCACUUUGCGUUGCUGUCCCUGCUACGACAACAACUACGGGACAACAAUGCCGUGUUUGACAAUGAGUUAGCACGCUAAGUGUACGAUAUGCAACAAGAAAGAAGAGGCAUGAUCGUACAUAUACUAGCAGCUAAUUGUAGAGAAGCGAAUGCAUCAUGGACUCUGAUCUUGUCUUAUUCUAAUAGAUUGUCAGCAUGUAAGGAGAGAAGUAUUUGCCAAGUAAAGACCAAUACACGCAAACCACGGCUUUUGAGCCAGAAUGUGUCGAGCCAAGGUGCCCUGUGAUCCCGUUCCUUUGCUUGAAGGGCAUUUGUUGGAGUGUGCAGUACGUCGAAAGCUAUACGUAUCCAUCCAUGUGAGGGAAGAUGCAGUUUGUCUUGGUGCAUCCUUGCAGCCAGGUCUAGACACAAGAAUCGAUAAGACUAAUGACUAGACUGUGUUCUGUC